AUGAGAAGUGAGUAUGGGUCCGAGGGAGUGCAGUGUGGUGCCAUCAGCAACGCCUGCCAUCAGAAGGGAGUAUGGGUUCGAGGGAGUGCAGUGUGGUGCCAUCAGCAACGCCUGCCAUCAGAAGGGAGUAUGGGUUCGAGGGAGUGCAGUGUGGUGCCAUCAGCAACGCCUGCCUUGAGAAGGGAGUAUGGGUUUGAGGGAGUGCAGUGCGGUGCCAUCAGCAACGCCUGCCUUGAGAAGGGAGGGGCAGCACGGCGGAGUGGAAAGCUGGUGGAGGCUGCUGCAGAGCGGGAGGCGCGGCAGCAGCAGCUACACGGAAGGGAGGAGGGAGGCGGGUUGGAGUGCGAAGGAGGAGGGAGCAGCACCUGUCACCAACAGCGCCUGCUUUCACAAGGGAAGCGGGAGGCACGGCAGCAGCAGCUACACGGGAGGGAGGAGGGAGGCGGUUGGAGUACGGAGGAGGAGGGAGCAGCAGCACCAGCAGCCUUCUUUCAGAAGGGAAGCGGGAGGCGCGGCAGCAGCAGCUACACGGGAGGGAGGAGGGAGGUGGGUUGGAGUACGGAGGAGGAGGGAGCAGCAGCACCAGCAGCUUUCUUUCAGAAGGGAGGCGCAGCAUGGCGGAGUGGAGAGCUGGUGGGGACGGCUGCAGAGCGGGAGGCGCGGCAGCAGCAGCUACACGGAAGGGAGGAGGGAGGCGGGUUGGAGUGCGAAGGAGGAGGGAGCAGCACCUGUCACCAGCAGCGCCUGCUUUCACAAGGGAAGCGGGAGGCGCGGCAGCAGCAGCUACACGGGAGGGAGGAGGGAGGCGGUUGGACAUGGCGGAGUGGAGAGCUGGUGGGGACGGCUGCAGAGCGGGAGGCGCGGCAGCAGCAGCUACACGGAAGGGAGGAGGGAGGCGGGUUGGAGUGCGAAGGAGGAGGGAGCUGCACCUGUCACCAGCAGCGCCUGCUUUCACAAGGGAAGCGGGAGGCGCGGCAGCAGCAGCUACACGGGAGGGAGGAGGGAGGCGGUUGGAGUACGGAGGAGGAGGGAGCAGCAGCACCAGCAGCCUUCUUUCAGAAGGGAGGCGCAGCAUGGCGGAGUGGAGAGCUGGUGGGGACGGCUGCAGAGCGGGAGGCGCGGCAGCAGCAGCUACACGGAAGGGAGGAGGGAGGCGGGUUGGAGUGCGAAGGAGGAGGGAGCAGCACCUGUCACCAGCAGCGCCUGCUUUCACAAGGGAAGCGGGAGGCGCGGCAGCAGCAGCUACACGGGAGGGAGGAGGGAGGCGGUUGGAGUACGGAGGAGGAGGGAGCACCAGCACCAGCAGCCUUCUUUCAGAAGGGAGGCGCAGCAUGGCGGAGUGGAGAGCUGGUGGGGGCGGCUGCAGAGCGGGAGGCGCGACAGCAGCAGCUACACGGGAGGGAGGAGGGAGGCGGGUUGGAGUGCGGAGGAGGAGGGAGCAGCAGCACCAGCAGCGCCUUCUUUUAG